AUGCCAGAACAAUUACUGAAAGUGCCCCGCAGCGUGUCGCCGGUGGCCAGGGCGGGCGCCGGAGACAUUUCUGAACGAGAGCUGUCACGGGAAAGGCACAAGCUGCAGACUACGCCACCAGCUCGUCUCCAGCCUGUGCAUCCGAAGAAGCAAUUGUUUCUGACUCCUGUUAACAAGUUUACCGCGAAAUGGUGCACACCGAGUCCGAACUUGGCCAGGAUCCGCAGCUGCUUGGAUGAAUACAAGCGUCAAGAUACGCCCGUCAGACCGGUCAAUAAAGCCAAAGCCGUAUCCAUGGAAGACUUGACGCCGACCAAACGGAUUAAGUUUGACAAAAAGGAUGGUGAUCUACCCGUUCCGAGAUCACCAGGAGUCAACGCUGCUGCUGAACAAACGGCAGCUGUCAAGAUCUGUAGGUUCAUGAUAACGGUGGCAUGGAGACGACGACGGGAGGAUGUUAGAUGUUUGCGGAAGACUUUGGAAACUCAGGUUUCUUACUCAGAACGUCUUCGUAUCCAAAUUAGCACUCUGAAGUCCCUUUUAGAUUCUGACAAUGCCAAAGUUCGUCUGGCAAUGCGGGAAUUGGAACGACUAAAGCAGUUGCUCAAGGAGAAAGAGAUCGAGAAGUCUGUGUUGGAACGAGAGAAAUCGGCUUUAGAGGACGAUAUUUGCGCAGCGGAAGAUCGUGCAUCUGAGAUGAGUAUUGGUUGGCGCAACUGCCGCAACGAGCUGGAGGGGGCGCGCGCGGCGGCGGGCGCGUGCGAGCGCGCGCUGGCGCUGGAGCGCGCCGCCGCCGCCGAGACGCGCAACCAGCGCGACCACGCCUGCGACCGGCUGACGAUGGUAGAAGCAGAUCUCGCAAAUUAUGAGAAUUUACUACUGACAGCGGAAACAGAAGUCGCCGAAUUAAGAAGAGAUGCAGACGAGAAGCGUAAGGAAUUGGAGAUCACGAGCGAACGGCUCCGAAGUGAACGAGAAGCGCGCGAGCGGUGCGGGCGCGAGUGCCGCGCGCUGGGCGAGCGCGUGGCGGCCGCGGCGCUGGAGACGGACGCGCUGCGCAGCGAGCUGGACGCGCUCCGCACCGAGCUCGCCGGCCUGCGGGAAGAGCUGCGCCUCACCCGCGACCAGCUGGACUGGUGGCCGCGCCCGCUCACCAAAAUGCUCGGCGCAGCAAGGUCGUGGUUCAGCUCGACAAAGUCUGUGCCAGAAGCUGUCCUGUGGAACCUUAUACCUGCUAGACACGGAUGUUAG